AUGAUAAAAAAUAAUAAUUUUUUUAAAUUUUUGUGUUAAAAUUAAAAACUUACAAGUCCUUUUAAAGAUACCCUUGAAAUUUUUUGUUUCAAAUUUUAGAAUUAGCAGGGUGGCGAAGUGGAAUCGCGUUGGGCUCAUAACUCAAAGGUCGGAGGAUCGAAACCUCUCUCUGCUAAAAUUUUUAUUUAAUAAAUGUCAAAUAAAUUUGCCUAACUAUUUUAUACAUUUAUUAAUAUUUUUUAGAAUAUUUAAAUAUCUUGGCUUGAUUUCGAUAGCCUUUUGCUUUAUAAUUAGCAGGGUGGCGAAGUGGAAUCGCGUUGGGCUCAUAACUCAAAGGUCGGAGGAUCGAAACCUCUCUCUGCUAAAUUUUUCCUCAUAACAAAAAAAUAAUAAAAUGAAAAAAUGUGGAUAAGAAAUUGUUUGAUUGAAUAAAUUAUCCUCUAAGAAAAAAAUAAGCUAAUUGCAAAAAUAAAUAAGAAACUUGAAGAAAAAGAAGAAAUUUAUUUAGUGAGGAAUGAGUUUUUAAGCUAAAAUUAAGUAGAAGAUGAAGGAAGAAUUGAAUACUUAAUUGCGAUUGGAAGAAAGCAAUUACCAAUGGUAAAAUAAAUGAUAAAUAUGUCCUAGUGA